AUGCAGGUGCAGUCGCCGAUCCCGAACCCCGCGCUGCAGGGACGCACGACGCCUCCAAAGCGGGCGCGCACGGUGGCCAACAGCAACGCGCAGCCGGGCAAGAAGCCGCGCACGGGGGGCGAGAAGCACAGCGGGAGGGAGACACUGGGCACCGUGUCACCGAACCGGUCCGGGCAGCGGAUUCCGGACCAGCUGCAUGAGUCGCGGCCCAGUCUUGCUGCCUCAGGCGGGACGGGCACGAACACGGCGACGGAGGAGCGCCGGACCGCGUCAGACGACGUUGACGCGUCAACGUCGUACAAGACCGGGCUUCCUCCCGCAGAUGCCGCCGUCCUGCGUCGUGAGCUCACGCCUGAAGAGAUCGCCGGGGUCAAGGGCAUGAAGCAGACGGACGCCGCGGAUGAGCUGGGGGUGACGAUUGACACGCUGAGGAAGAGAUGCGGAACGCUGGGCAUCAAGUGGCGGCGCCGCGCGGACGAGCUCACGCCUGAAGAGAUCGCCGGGGUCUUCGACAUGAAGCAGACGGACGCCGCGGAUGAGCUGGGGGUGUCGGUUGCCACGCUGAGGAAGAGAUGCGGAACGCUGGGCAUCAAGUGGCGGCGCCGCGUGGACGAGCUCACGCCUGAAGAGAUCGCCGGGGUCUUCGACAUGAAGCAGACGGACGCCGCGGAUGAGCUGGGGGUGACGAUUGACACGCUGAAGAAGAGAUGCGGAACGCUGGGCAUCAAGUGGCGUCGCUUCGCGCCCAUCUUAAGCUUCAGGGCGUUCCGCCAGGGUCCCACCACCUCGCGCGUGGACGCCAUGCUCGACGACAUCCUACACGACACGAUGAUGGUGCAGAACCUCGAGGAGAUCGCUGUCGAGCGCACGGGUUCGAACCCGAAUCCGCGCUCGCGCGACAGUCGAUUCACGGUCACCAUGCGCUUCCAGUCGCGCCUCUGGUUGGCCGACGUCAGGAGGUGGCUCCCGGAGGACAUGCGGGACUCGCUGGAGGCCGCGCGCGACGACGACGUCGACGACACAUUCGCUGCCGUGGCAGACAAACACAGCGGGAUUGCCCACACCGAAUCGCUACGGCAGCAGAACAGCUCCAUCUACAUGGGUAGGAAGCAGGGAGGAGAUGCCUGCGUCAUCCCGAAGGACUACGAUCCCGGUGAGCUCGAGCUGCUGCAGACCAAGCCCGGGUUCUACCUCACCAUGGUCUGCCUGCGGGACCUGGUGGCAGACGGCGAAGGCCUCAGCACGGAAGAGGUCGAGGCGCUCGAAGGGGAACAAUUUACCGCCUACGUGUGGGACUACCUGGGGAUCUACCAGGGAUCGUUUUUCGCCCGACACGUCAACCACAAACACGAGGGGCUGGACGACGGCCUCUGGCGGCUGGUGUUCCCCGUGAUCUGCGAAUGCCCCGGCGUCGUGGAACGACUGGGCCUGCAGGUCAUCAAAUUUCCGACGAACUCGCAGCUGAACUGGGGCAAGACCCGACUCAGCCGCGCGGACGUGGAGGCGUUCGUCCCCGUGGGAACCAAGAAGCUGCAGGGGGACGUCAUCACGCCGAAGCACGUGAAUGACGCCUGCGAUGAAAUCAAGGCGGCCGCAGCAGCCGCGGGCCAAAGGCUCGUGGACGCCGGCGAGUCCGGGAGGGUCCUGCGUGCGCUGCAGCGGGAGUCUGGACUGCUCGAGAAUCGCUACGACCUGCCGAAAGACGAAAUCCGGGACCUGGGCGCGAGGAGGUAUGAUAAGUGCGGGGUGAUCAAGCUGUGGGUCGGCCUGACCACCCUCGCAGAGUUCUUGGAGGACUCGGAGAACGCGCGUGCCUUGAAGGACCAAGCAGGCCCUGGCCGGGCGCAGCAGCUUAGGAAAAUGAUGCUGGAUCCGCUGCAGGGCCUGGUGUCCGGGUGCGACGAGACGUGGUCGCUCCAGAAAGUUCUGGACGCGCUGCAGUAG